CAAACAUCCUCCGUUUGGCGUCGGAUGGUUCAGGGUUCCCCUGCUUGCGUUAAUUUCCGAUGAUGCACACUUUGCCGGCCAUUAACCCUUACAUGUACAGUAAGGAAAUGGGUUUCUCUGUAGAAUGAGAUGUUUACUCUGCUGUCUGCUCUGAGGGCCAAAAGGGCAAAGAUUAAAUAAAAUAAAGACUGGAUAAAAUAUAGACAGGAUAUCUAAAAACAUUCACACAUAACAGAAGAUAUGACUACGCAUCAGUAAAUGACUAAACCUAUAUACAAAUCAGCUGUUGUGCAAAUUCAUCUGAGAGUAGCUGUGCAAAAGAGACUUCCAUCUUAAAAUCAUGAAAGCCACGACCCGGUGAAGGUCCACAGCAGUCUGUGUUCCCGCCUCUGAGUUUGUGUUCCUCCACUGGACACACCCCUGACCCGGAGCCGGUUCUGGGGACCAGAUGAAGAAUAAUGGGACCAGCAGAACAGCCUGCGUCUGGUGUCAGUGGUUCCACCUGGCUGGGCUGGUGGGCUCAUGGCGUUGAAGGUGACUUUUCUGGAGCUUUUAGGGGAGAGCUGCCAUUUCCUUUCAACAGGUUUUCCUCCUGUUAGUUCCUUUCAGUGGUCAGCAUGCUGGUUUGUAACUUUUAUUUUGAAGGUUUUGAGUGGAAGACUGUUUUAUUUUUAUUUAAGGGUAUUUUUUUGUUCACCAUGGCUCUCUCUCAAAUUAUCCUUUCAUAACUUCACAUCAUUAUGUCAAAGUGCCUCCCAUCAUUAUUAAGUUCUUUGUGUUUGUUUUUUUACACAUCUUUCUGCUCUACAGAGCCCAACGCUCUUCUCGUUUAUUUUUUUUUUAAAGUGAAUAAAUGCAGUAGUAAUAAUAUGUUGCCUGUAUAGUAGGGAUGCCAGAAUCCUCGGUUCCAAACCGAACUGCAUGUGACGCCAUGGAACCAAAUGGUGGAGAAAGUGAAUCGCUGCAUUCUUGCUGCACAGAUUUACGUUGGCAGUGUCAAACACGUGUUGUGCAGCAUUACACCAGGCUCAGUAUGAGACAACUGAACUCUUUUUUUUCUUUGCUUGGUAGCAAAUGAAAAAGAAGAUCUUUAUUGUAUUCCACAAACUAUAUAUCAAACCGAAACAAAAUCCAAAAAUUGAGGUUUGAACAGAAUCGAGGGGAAAGUGGAUGGUUGGAUCCCGUCUGUCUGUUAAAAAGCAAUUCUCUAAAAAAGUCAAACAAGACUGACCUGAAGGUCGUAAAACAUACAUAUGAUCCAUCUGUCCAUCAUCCGGGACGUAUUUUACAGAAGAACCCGUCGCAUCGCCCUCAUCAAGAAUGGAGUUGCAUGAAUGUGAUCUCAAAUGAGCAUCAUUUGGUCAAAGUUAACAAACGCUGGAACUGCGACUAAAACUACACAAACCAGCAGUUGAACUGCCUCCAACAUAAAAACAGAGGUUUUUUUUUAAAUUGACUCAAAGUUUUCAUCAACAGAAACCUGCUGGACUUUGGAUUAUUGUGUCCAAAAUCUUGAAUUUAGCAAAGUAACUGUGCAGCUACAGUCAUUUACUAACUCAGUGGACAAAUGGUAGAGUGUCCACCCAGAGACUGGUAGAUCACAGGUUCAAAUCUAAGAUCAAGUCUCACCAAAGACUCUUAAAAAAAGAAGAAGAAUCUCAGCAUUAAGGGGUUGGAUUGGGGGGGUUACAUCACCAAAUGGUUCCUGAGCCAAAGAGCUAAACGCUUUGCUUUUAAAGAGUUAAAACUGGGUCCUUUUUGUGUAAAUUUCAAAUCUGCCACCUCUUUUUUCUACUCCUUUACAUUCUUUUUUUUUUUUUUUUUUAGCCAAACCUGCAGAAAAAUAUAUUUUUCUUGUUAUAGUGAUGGGCAAACGAAGCUUCAUGAAGCACUGAAGCCUUGUUGGUUUACUCCAGUUCAAAGCUUCUUGAAGCUUCAUUUUCUCUAGUAGGACAUCAGAGGAUGCAGAAAUAUCAGUUGGUGGGAGUUUGAAGUGUGUGGCGUUUUGCGGAAAGCCUGAAAUUGUGUCACGAAAACACAUAUUUAGGUUCUUCAAUCAGCUAAACAAUAAAUAUACAAAAAGAUUUACAAAGGAGCUAAUAGACACAAACGUCUAAUCCACUGCAGGUGAUAGGAAAAAAAUCCGUCCCUGCUUGACCCUCAGUACUAAGGGGUUGGAUUGGGUGUGUGUUUGGGGGGUUUACAUCACCAAAUGGUUCCUGAGCGCUGCGGUACCUGCAGCUCAACGCUCCCCCAGGGGAGGGGUCAAAGGCGGAGGACAAAUGUCCCACACCAGAGUGAGUGAAUGGGGACUUUGAGUUCAUUUUAAUGACAACCAUGACAUCAGUGUGGGGUCAUGACCUUCAGUUUGGUUUGCUUCCUCAGUUCUUCAGCUUUGUUUACCUGUCAGUCACAGCAGGCUGCAGUUCUUGAUCCACGCCGUCUUUAUUUGUUUGUGUCAUUUUCUGUGUAUUUAAGGUCCACUUUUCUGUUCUUUCUUGUCAGAUCUUCUGUUUUGUCGUCCUUUUGUUGCUCUCUUAGUUCCUGGUGUUUCAUCUUUAUUUAUUCUAAUUUUCUGUCUCCUGAUACGAAGUACAAAUAACUUUAUGUCAUCACUUCAAUAGUUUUUCCUGAUUAUAUUUCAUAGUUUACUCCUGUAGCACCAAUGACAUUAUUUUUUCCAUACUUACAAUUUACUGAGUAUUUUUAUGCCUUCGUGUGCUGAAAUCUUUUAUAAAAUGACCAGAAACACCUUUUUUCUGCUGCUUACAUUAAUGCGCUAAAAGAUGAGAUGUCCCUGCAGCAAACCUGCAACAAUGAGGAUUGUGUCCCCUUCAGACCGGCGUUUAACCUCCACCGAGUGUCACGGCGGGGGCUGCAGGUCUGUCCUUGAGCUGCUGAGCCGGCCUGUGGAGAGCGGCGAAGAUGACAGGUCACAGACGCGCCCGCCACACCCCCCCAUUUGGACUCACUGCCCAUCCACACUGAGCCUGAUGGGAUCCAUCUGGAAGGAUGAGAUAAACCCUCCAAACGUAGGCGUCCAAAACCUGCAGGGAUUUACCCAAGAAGACGGCGGGCUUUGAUGAACGCCGAGCAGGCUUCUGAAAAGGAAUCAAUCAGGUAAUUAUAAAGCAAUGAAACACUUGAAUUGGACAGAUAACCUGUUUCCAUUUGGCUGUGGUGGUCAGAGAGCAGCUUAAUGAGAAAAAUCUAAUCUGUGUUAUUACAGUCCGACCAAAGGAGCAGAUAAAAAAACAUUAAACCGCUGUGAAAACACAGAAAAUUGGGGAUCAUUACAAUUCCAGCAGGAACUUGCAUAUGGUGUCAAUUUUAAGGUAAUAAGCUUGAAAUUCUGCUCUCAGGAAAUAAAAAAAGUGCAGCAAUGAAAGCCUUCAUCCCCGGCGAGCACAACAAAGACGCUCCUACACACAACAACACGUUACACACAGAUAAUGGGAUGAAAUGGCUAGCUAUUUUCCUCUAGCACUGGUCUGUGUGGAAAAGUGUCAGUGAUGUGUCUGCCGCUGUCUUUGCUAACCGACAUCUGUGCUGCCGGAUCCCAUGAGAACCUCCUCACAAAAGGAGCAUAUUGUCUGAGCCUGUUUUCAUAAAAAGAAAAAGAAAAGCUCUUUAAGUGUUUGAAACUUUGGAAAACGUGGCUGUUUCCAUCUAAGACACACCUCCUGGGUCCCAACUGGAGCUUCCUCCAUCAACAGUUCCUUCAAACGCCACAACGUGAAACCAGAGUGAUGAAGACCAGAACAGAGGACGAGUUAAGCGGCAAAAAAAUGGCGGAAGAUACUAUCAUAAAGAAAGAGAAACAGGAAAACAAUGGGUUGAAAGCAACAGACUGAAAACUUUUCUUCACGAAGAGCGAGAAGACAGAAGAGCCGGAUUUGGUGACUCUUGCUGUGCUUUGUGGGACGGGGGCUUCAAGAUCAGGACGUCUUGCUGUCGUGUGCUGCCCGGCCUUUGGCGAAUGCCAGGCACAGCGUGUCCCCACGGGGGUGGGGGGGGUGCUUCUGCCAUCAAAAGCAAACAAUGUUUAAAGUUCACGCAGGUAAAGGUCGCUCCACAAACCGCUGCAGGGUGGAGCCCAUCCCCUUCCUCACGCGGUUGGCGUCACGGCGCUUCAGCUGUGUGUUGGCGGACUGAAGCGGGUUUCAUCCCUUCUUCAUUUGUGUACUAGCCGCUCCUGGAACUCACCUUCUCAUUGGAGGACGACUCCCGGCGCUCAGAUGUUCACCUCAAACUCAGACAAUAGUCCUAAUGGUCCAUCAGAAGAGGUCUGCAGGAAUUGUUGGUGACCACAAAGGCUUCCAGAUUAGCCUGUAAUUAUUGCUGACCUUUGGCCGUCAGCUCCCCUCUGCGUGAUUAAAAGGUCAAACGCGAAUCGGGCUCCUCCUCGGCCCUGCGGAGAAGUUUUGACCUGUUGCUCUGCUCUGUCUGAGGGCCCUUCAGCUCUCUCCUGAAAACAGAUCUUCAGCUUCCUGAGAUGAAAAGUCUCGGUUUGUUUUUCAUGUCCAUCAUCAAGGUGGACCUUUUCACAUCCAAACUGUAAUUUGUAAAGCAAAAACAACAUUUUAGACAUUUACCCUUUUUGUCCUAAAAGCCCCUCUCCCAUCAUCUUUUGAUCUAUUUUCUGUUCAUUCUAAUGAUGCUGUUUUCAGUCCAAAAACUUGUUGAAAACACCAUUUAACUAUCUUUUCACCUUUUUUGUCACGUGAGCUUUGAGCUGUUAAAGAUUUUGUUCAUUUAUCAAAAAUCUUGGAGAGAUUUCUGCUUUUUGGAAGCUGCUUUUGAUGUCAAACUGCAUUCCUGUCCUGCAGUGAUGCUUGUGUAACAGGAAACUGUUCUAAAAUGCAACUUUGCUCUGAAAUUCAAACACUCCUGAUGAUUUUUGUCCGAUUAAAUGAGAAAUACAAAAAAAAAAAUGGAGUUGUUUAACCCUGAGGAAGUCUCAGUCUUUCCCAUGACACUGAUAUUAGAAAUGACAGCAGAGAGGCAGCAGUUUGGUUUAAAGAGGGAGUAAUACACAAACUCAACUUCACCUGUGACCUUCUCUGCUGGGGGCUUCAGAAAAAGUACCUCCCAUUCUUCCAACUCAGAGGGGCAAGAAAAAAUAGCUUUAAGCGAGGAGGUUAUCAGUGCACCAACAGACCUCCGGCGCUGCGUGAUUAUAACUCAGAGCAAACGCUCUGAGUGUCCUUUUGAUCCGCACGGUCUGUCCCACGAGUGUGGAGGUGAUUCAGCCGGUUGUGUGUUCAAGGUUCAAGCAGGACCUCUGAGACAGUUUCUGUCAAAUAUUUGUACAAACACACAAAGUCAAGGCUGCCUGGUCCUUGGAAAUGAGAACACACAGACAAAGAGGCUCCGCUGCUCAGGCAACACCUGGCCAUGGUGGGUCUCUAAGCAACUACUGUUAGUCCAUGAAAGGAAGCGGCACCUGCUUAAUGACAAUCUGGCUGGAACCAGAAAAAGUGGAGUAGUUUGUGAUGUUUCCCUUAAUGGUGGAGCUUCUUCAUUCAGGCGGUGUUUUCAGGUUCAGAUUGUUGAGUUGUUGUAGGAGUGAGGCAGAGUGGCAGCAGAACUGACGAAGAUGUGUUUGACAAACCCAAAGAUCUGAGGGGGACACGAUGAAAAGGAUGCUGGGAAACCGACCCAAAGGGAUCCAGAUGCCCUGAUGAGGUAAAAACAUCUCCUUUCUUGGAAGCUGCUUCUCAUCGAACUGGCCGCCGCAGUAAAAACGUGAAGUGGAAGGGAGCUGGAGGUGGUAUGACUUUUGAGAUACUGAAUAAGAACUCCUUCACAGGUGUGUCAAGGUGACCAUGGCUGCCGCUGGCUCUCAAUCGGAGCAUCUUAAGGAUUCAUGAACAAAUGAAACAAAUCUAAACCAAGAGGAACCCAAUUUGGAUUUGACUGAGCCGGGCUGCUGUCAUUUCUGUUGGCUCAGCCUCUGAUGUCACUGAAUGUGCAGUGCGGGCUUCCAGUGCGCACCUUCGGGGGCGCAGCAGUGGCACAGGCAGUGAAUUUCACUCUUCCUUCAGUAUCUACCCAGAAACCGGCCGCCGAGCCUCCUGGAAGCUCAGCUUUUCUUCCAACAGCUCGUGCUUUUCCCCCCCUGAGGAACUUUUUGGGAGCAGGAGAAAAGAGCAGAAGCGAGGAUUUCAGCCGAAGUUGAGCGCUCAGUUCCCGCCGCAGCAGCCGCCUCCGCCGCGUUCAGCACCAUGGAGAGCGGCGUGGUGCACAUCUUCAAAGAGGACAAGUGUCCCUCGGGUCAGAUGGGGGAGUGCGUCCCAAACUUCACUUGGCAGCCCGGCUUACCGGACAUCUACAACUACACCCCCAACGGCACGUGGGACUCGGAACCGGAGCCGCUGUCGCCCAUCAUCCCCAUCAUAGUGGCCGUGUACUCCGUGGUGUUCGUGGUGGGCUUAGUGGGGAACUGUUUGGUCAUGUAUGUCAUCAUCAGAUACACCAAAAUGAAAACAGCCACUAACAUCUACAUCUUCAACCUGGCCGUGGCCGACGCCCUGGUCACCACCACCAUGCCCUUCCAGAGCACCGACUACCUGCUCAGCUCCUGGCCGUUUGGCGAGGUGGCGUGUAAAGUUUUCAUCUCCAUCGACUACUACAACAUGUUCACCAGCAUCUUCACCCUGACCAUGAUGAGCGUGGACCGCUACGUGGCCGUGUGCCACCCCGUGAAGGCGCUGGACUUCCGCACGCCAGUGAAGGCCAAGAUCAUCAACGUGGUCAUCUGGAUGCUGUCGUCGGCUGCUGGGAUCCCCGCCAUGAUUCUGGGCAGCACCAACACCAACAAUGGAACCACAGAGUGUGCUCUGCAGUUCCCAGAGCCCUACGCCUACUGGGACACCCUGAUGAAGAUCUGUGUCUUCAUCUUUGCUUUCGUGGCCCCCCUCAUCAUCAUCUCCGUCUGCUACACGCUGAUGGUCCUCCGCUUGAAGAGCGUCCGGCUCCUUUCCGGCUCACGGGAGAAGGACCGCAACCUGCGGCGCAUCACCCGCCUGGUGCUGGUGGUCGUGGCGGUUUUCGUGGUCUGCUGGACCCCCAUCCACAUCUUCAUCCUGGUCAAAGCUCUGUCGGCCAGCGUGCCCGAGACCACCGCCGUCAUGGCCGCCUACUUCUUCUGCGUGGCUCUGGGCUACACCAACAGCAGCCUGAACCCCAUCCUCUACGCCUUCCUGGACGAGAACUUCAAGCGGUGCUUCAGGGACUUCUGCUGCCCCAGAGCUGUGGGACAAGGGGACUGUCAGGGGGUGAGCAGAGUGAGGAGCACCCUGAGGGACCACACCUGCCCCCCCGAAGGCCGGGGCAACGUGAAGCAGCCCAGGCCCGUAUGACUAGCCAUGGACACGCCCUCUGUGCCGUUCCACAGCUGGGAGGACUCCAAUGACCUCUGUCUGACACAAGUCACCACUAGUAUUUAAACAAACCUGCCACGAACUAUGACCCAAGUGAAAGUACUUCAAUCUUACUCCACAAAUACUCCUCCUAACCGUAGUAUUAUUCCAGGUGCCACUGGCAUUAAAGUCGUGUUAAAAUGUGGAGAUUUGCACUUUAGUUAACCUAAAAUAAGCAAUUUACUUUCUACUCUGGAUUUCUUCUAGUCAAACAUACAAAAACUUCAUAGAUAUGAGGUAGAAAUAUUGGUAAAUCAGACUUAACAAUUACUUUAACCUCAUAUGCUUUUGAGUGUUUGUAAAAUGAAAUACUUCAAUCAUACUUGUACGUCUACUUCAUACUUUAUUACAGAUGUGGUUGAAGUUUUGAAAAGCAAACUUUUCCAGAUCUUCAACUUCCUGUGUGUACUUCUACUUUAUAUCUGUGAAAAUCUGCUUCUCAAACUCUACAAAUAUUUUAUUCAUAUCUUUAGAUUGAGGGAAAACGAACCACUCAAAUACUUAUAUUCGUUUCAGUUUCUGCCACAUUUGUUCCAUUUCGUGUCAAGAACUCGCAGACAUAAACUUCAGGUCAUUUCAUUCAAAGUUUUAGUACUUUUAGCCUGCCUGUGGUCACAGCUACAGAAAAGCAGCUAUUCUUUCAGGUAAAAGUGAAGAUUAGACACAUUUAGGAUUGUAGGAUUGAUAUUUAUUUUAAACUCUGAUGUGAAGUUGGACUCUGAAUUGUUUAAAUUGCAUUUAUAAACAGAAAAUAAUGAAAGACGUCCAUGAAAACAGGAUUCCUUUUCGAACGUCUUUUGCUUCUUUACAAACUGUCACUUUGAGGGUUUUUUCAUCCAGUCAAGCAGGAAAAAACACAAAUAGAAAUGCAGAUCCUUGUUUUAAGAUGCUGGACAUGGAAUCAGUUUUUCUUUUGCUUUGAUGAAAAUGUACAUUUCUGGAAUAUUUGGCUCAAACUCAGGGAUCUGAAAAUCCCAGCUGAACGGCAGCCUUUUCUCAUCCACGAUGAGCGAGUCUUUGGACUUUCUGAGCCCCGUCUGACCCCGACCUGAACGUUUCCAGACGACGCUCUGGCAGAAAAGGACGCUUGGACUGUGGAAAAAAACAAAACAAAAGAAAAAAACAAGCCAGAAUUGGAAACUAAAUCUUCUUAAUCUGUUUCCUAAUUUCAUUUAGCAAAACUUGCUCUUUGUAAAUGUCAGCUCAGCUUUGUGUUUGUGCGCUUAUUGUAUAUAGAAAUAAAACUGUGGUUAGUUGAGAUGAAAAUGUAUAGACUUCUCAGCAGUGUGCAUCAUCUAUGGCUGAAAUCAAACCUUUAAACUACUCAUAAAACUCAGAGUGUGAUUAUUUUAACCUUAUCCAGCCUGAAAAACAUUUGCUGCAAACUGGCUUCAUUAAUGCAAAAAAUAGAAAGAAAAAAAUCUGUUCUGUCAUGUUGCAACAGUUGAUGUAGAAACCUUCCUAAAACAACCAAUAAUCCAGUGUUUGCAGCAGAAAAACAACUGUUUGUGUGCUUUCAGUAUAAGAUCAUCCCUUUUUGACCGUUUUUCAACCCACAGCUGGAUUUUUUGUGCGCGUUUUGUUGGCCUAACGGCAAUUUUUUUUCCCGUGUGAAAUUACUGUUCCCACUUCUGCUUUGAUUCACAAACAAAAUGUCAGCCCAGGUGAACCUCACAUGUGUGCGUGUGCAUAAUGUGCUGCUGUAUCUUUUGGGUAUUUCGAUGUAAACUGUAGCUUUGAAUGUCAAAACGUGCGUCAUGCAUGAACGACUGAGUCCUAAUAAAGCUGUAAAGUGGGGGA